AUGGCAAGCCGCGUGAAAGAGGAAGAAUCGGUAAACCAAUUGGAGAUUUGCGCGCACAGCAAAAAAAUUAGGAAAAUCAAUUGUUUGGCAAGAAAUCCUUAGAUCCUUAUUGCAAUUUUAGCUUAAAAAAUGCUAAGUUGGGGUAAACAACUGGUGGUCAGGGCGCCAAAGAUCCGUUGGACUGCUUGCGCUGUGAGUGGAAGUGGUCAAAGUUCAAGUCUCGAUCAAAACAGCAACAAUUACAGCCCAAACCUUGUUGGCCCUAAUCUUAAUCAAUGCCACAAACGCUUGUCCAGCACUAGUCAAAGUUCGAACGUGAGUCCAAUGAAGCGUUUAGCCGGAAAAGUUGCCGUGGUCACCGCCUCCACAGAUGGCAUUGGCUUUGCUAUUGCCAAACGAUUGGCCGAAGAUGGUGCUUCGGUAGUCAUCAGCAGCCGAAAGCAAAAGAACGUGGACUCUGCUCUAGCGGAGCUGCGCAAAUUGAACCUUAAUGUGCACGGACUCAAGUGCCAUGUUAGUGAGCCGCAGGACCGCAAGCAGCUCUUCGAGGAAACUAUCAGCAAGUUUGGCAAGCUCAAUAUCCUAGUCAGUAACGCCGCCACUAAUCCUGCGGUGGGUGGAGUCCUUGAGUGCGACGAAAAGGUCUGGGACAAGAUCUUCGAUGUGAAUGUAAAGAGUUCUUAUCUACUGGCCAAAGAGGCACUACCUUUGCUCCGUCAGCAAAAAGAUUCCAGCAUUGUUUUCGUCUCCUCCAUUGCGGGCUAUGAUGCUUUCGAGCUUCUUGGAGCUUACUCCGUAAGCAAAACAGCACUUAUUGGUUUGACCAAGGCUGCCGCUAAGGAUCUGGCGCCGGAGGGCAUUCGCGUCAAUUGCCUGGCCCCAGGAGUCAUCAGGACCAAGUUCUCCAAAGCUCUUUAUGAGAAUGAAUCGGCCAACGAAGCUGCUUUAAGCAAAAUCCCCAUGGGUCGCCUGGGCACCAGUGAAGAAAUGGCUGGCGUAGUAUCCUUUUUGGUAUCCGAAGAUGCGGGCUACAUAACAGGGGAAUCUAUUGUGGCCGGCGGCGGAAUGACUGCGCGUUUGUAAGCGGUGUACAUAAAUAUAUUUCCUUACAUCCUA